CAAUCGAUUGUAUCCAGCUCAUAAAUGAGGAACACAUGAUAACCGGAGCUGAUGAUGGCUCUGUGUCUCUGUGGAGUGUCAACAAGAAGAAGCCUCUCAGCACAGUGAAGCAGGCUCACGGUUGCCAUGGUGACGCAGGGCUGGAGCAGCCUCAUUGGGUCGCUUCGGUUGCAGCGCUUCAGAACUCAGAUACCGUCGCCUCAGGUGCCUCUGGCUGUUCACACAACUCACAGGUGCAGCUGUGGAAGUGUGGUCCAAAUUACCGUGGGCUGGAGCCUCUCUUCAGUGUACCAGUGUCUGGUUUUGUCAACAGUCUGAAGUUUUCGAGCUCCGGUCAGUUCUUGGUGGCAGGAGUUGGACAGGAGCACAGGUAACUGAACUAAUGAUCAU